AUGGGGCGCAUGUACGGCAAGGGCAAAGGCAUUGCCUCCUCGGCAAUUCCUUACAAGCGCACCCCGCCCACGUGGCUGAAGAUGAAGCCCGAGGAUGUUGGUGAGCACAUCUGCAAGCUCGCCAAGAAGGGCCUGACCCCAUCUCAGAUUGGCGUGACCUUGCGAGAUAGCUUCGGUAUCCCCCAGGUCAAGAAUGUCACGGGCAACCACAUCCUGCGCAUCCUGAAGACGAAUGGUUUGGCACCCACCCUGCCGGAGGAUUUGUACUACCUCAUCAAGAAGGCAGUGUCCAUCCGCAAGCACUUGGAGAAGAACCGCAAGGACAAGGAUGCCAAGUUCCGACUGAUCUUGGUUGAGAGCCGCAUCCACCGCCUCGCCAGGUACUACAAGCGCGUGAAGUCGCUGCCGGCCACCUGGAAGUAUGUCUCCGCCACGGCAUCGGCGCUGGUGGCCUAA